AGUUAUCGAGGAGGAAUCUGUUGAAUCAAGAGCCGAAGUAAAGAGUUUCGACAAAGGCUCUCUUAAACAUGUGGACACAGAUGAGAAGAAGUAUCUCCCCACUGCACAAGAUCUCACUGCUGAGAGAAUGCCCCCGCCAUCAAGACGACCAGACCGCUCAGAGGUGCUACAGUUUGACCACAAUAAACUGCAACAUGUGCCUGUUACAGAAAAAGUUGUUCUUCCAAGUCAACAAGACAUUCAUGAUGAAAGUGUAGACUCCAGAGCAGAAGUUAAAACGUUUGACAAGAGUCAGUUGAAACAUGUUGAAACCAAAGAGGAUAAUACACUACCUGGAGCAGGAGGUACAUGUACAUGCACAUGUAAAUUCUCCCCACCGUCUGCCAAAUAUUUCUUAUACCUUUAGCUCUAAGGAAUUUGUAUGAAAUCAGACAAUGUUUAUUUGGUGAUGAUUGAUUUGAUUUGAUUUGCUUCAUGUCAGCUUGUCUUGUCCUUGUGCUGUAUUGCUUCUUGUCUGGAGAAAUUACUUGGUGGUCACCCCUGUGGGUAAAAGAGUUACAGGCCGAUCAAUUUGAAGUCUAUAACAUCCCCCCCUCCCCCCCAUGGCCAAC